AUGAUUACCAUAACAUCGACGACAAGCCUCGUGAAGAUGAACGCGUCUUCGUCUUCUUCUUGUUCUUCUUAUCGCGCGAACCGCGCGGUUUUUUUGAACGCGCAACAACAACAACGACGACGACGACUUUUCCUUUUGUCUUCCAAAAGAAGUGGUUUUUCUUCUUCCUCUGCUUCUUCUUCUUCAUUCUCGUUAAAACUGUUGAGGAAUACUACUAAAAGCGCGAGAGAUGAGAGAAGAGAGAGACGAAGAAAAAGCGACACACGAACGAGCAGGAACGCGACGAGAGAAAGGAUAAAAACGCGAGCAAACAUUGAGCCGGCGACGGACCAAGACGACGACGACGACGGCGAAAAUUUUGCCGGUGCCGGUUUCUUGGAAGGUUGGAAAGGCGAGUUGAUAUUGAAGAACAUAGACUUGAAUAAAGCUGCGGUGAAAAACUACGUCGGCAUACGAGAUCGCUUGUUACAACUCGAUCCUGGUUUGAACCAAACGCUCAUCUCAUCUGGGACGUCUAUUUCGCAGUUAUUCGAUCAAGAUAAAUGGGAAAAACAUCGAAGAGUGAACCGCUUCUUUUACGAUUUGCAAAACAUCCCGAGCUCGACGGUUUUUCUUCGGUUGGUCCGAGUGCUUUUGACGCUCACAUUUCUCGCGUACUUGGUUUUGAUCAUGCCGGGAACUUUAUACAACCUUACGCACAAAAUGGUUCCCUAUGCAAGUGGAAUUUUACCAUUGAGCUUAGUAGAGUGGAUGAAGCAAUCGACGAUAGAGACGUUUACGUUUCAAAUUUCACCUUUGUUCCACACGAUGCUCGGUACGGUGCUCGGUUUAGUGCUCGUCUUUCGCACAAACUCUUCUUACAGUAGAUUCGUGGAAGGUCGGAUGGCGUGGGGUGCGCUCGUUCGCCGGUGCCGCGAUUUUGCGCGCUUCAGCGCGUACAUAGAAAACGAGCAACUGAGAAAGACGAUGUUAGGCGUCGUUUCGUGUUAUCCGUACCUGUUGAAAUCUAGAUUACGGUCCGGUCGAACGCGAGAAGAUAAAAGCGACCCUUCAGCUUUUAGAGACACGCCGGACGAAGCGGUGUCUCGCAUCUUGAACAGAGUUGGUGCCAGCGAAGAAAUUCCUAUUCUAUUGAACGAAGACAGGAAUCGCCCGUUUUUCUGCACCAUGCGCUUGACUCACUUUAUGAAGAUCGCAGUGAAAGAGGGCAUAAACGACAACGCUCAAUUGAUGCUCGAGCAAACGAUUUCAGAAAUUAACCAAGCCGGCGGUGUGUGCGAACGAUUAUUAUCGACACCAAUUCCGCUCUCGUUCAGUCGUCACUCGUCGCGGUCUAUCAUGAUUUGGUUGCUCACUUUACCGUUUGCGUUAUCUUCGAUAACGACUGGAUGGACGCUUUUACCUUUGAUGUUUUGCGUGAGUUAUCUCAUUUUAGGCGUGGAUGAAAUCGGUAUUCAAAUCGAAGAACCAUUCGCGACGUUACCGUUAUCGCCGCUGUGUAAAAUCAUAGAGCGGGAUUUGCAAAACGUGAUGGAUUGCACGGACAGUAAAUAA